AUGAUAUUUGGUACCAACGUUCCGUCAUUUUUUUAUGGAGCUUCGACUAAUAGUGAUUGCUAUCAAGAAACCGGUGGAGUUGAAUCUACACUCCAUUGGUAUCAUGUAGGAAUAGCUUCAACGUUUAUAAUAAUCAACGGCAUAAUUUCUAUAUGGCUUGGUUUGCAUUUAGAAGCAUCUUUAUUUGUCAGCUCGGUUCGAUGUGUUGUACAGUUGACCUUAAUGGGUUUAGUUCUUGAAGAUGUUUUCAAGGCAGAUAAUCCUUUUAUUGUUCUAGCAAUGAUAUUUAUUCUUGUUUUUCUCGGCGCCAAUGAGAUCGUACUUCACAAGAGCAAGAGGAGGCAUUCCGGAAUGUUCAUAUCAGUCCUUCUUUCACUGGGACUAAGUACUUUGGUAAUUGGUACCAUUGGGUCGAGAUACGCUUUGGAUCAAAAAGAAUUUUGGAAUCCACGAAUAUUCAUACCAACAAUGGGUAUGCUUCUUGGGAAUGGUAUGUCUGCAAUAGCUGUUGGUACUUCUUAUGCUCUUAAUCAAUUCAGUGAACAAAAAGAAAAGUUAGAACUGUACUUGUCAUUUGGUGCUUCUCGGUGGGAAGCUGGUCGUCCAGUUGCAGUCGAGGCGAUAAGAUUAGCCAUGUUGCCUACAAUCAAUUCAAUGAGGUAA